AUGUCGAACCAAGGUCACUGUAACUGCGAGAGUAUUAAGGUGGAGUUGGCGGCUGAGUUGCAGAAGGACACCCUUUCGUGCUUCUGCUCAAACUGUCAGCGUGCAGGCGGAUUGUUCGCGCCCAACUACGUCGUCGAUGAAGACAAGGCCAAAAUCACCGACUCGAGUGGCACAUUGAAGACUUUCACCGCAACAGCAGAUUCAGGCAACAAGGUUCAGCGCUCCUUCUGUGGUGACUGCGGCAGUCCGGUUGUUACGCGUACACCAAAGUACCCUGGAAAGGCAAUUAUCAAGGCUUCUCUUUUUGAUCAGAUUGCUGCUCCUACUGGUGAGGCGUUUACGAAGAGACGACCUGAGUGGCAGAAGCCUGUUGAUGGAGCUCAGCAGCUGUGA